GCUACACGGUUAAGAACAGCUACCCCAUGCCUCAUUCCGAUGAGCUGUUCGACCGCCUAGCAGGCAACCGCUUCUUUACGAAGAUUGAUCUUCGUAGCGGUUACCAUCAGAUCCGCGUCGCUGAGCUGUUCGACCGCCUAGCAGGCAACCGCUUCUUUACGAAGAUUGAUCUUCGUAGCGGUUACCAUCAGAUCCGCGUCGCUGCAGCCGACCAGCCGAAGACCGCGUUCCGAUCGCGAUUCGGCCACUACGAGUUCACGGUGAUGCCAUUCGGCCUCACCAACGCACCCGCUACCUUCCAGAGGGCGAUGAACGACAUCUUCAGGGACAUCCUAGAGCAGUACGUUCUCGUCUACCUUGACGAUAUCCUGGUCUAUAUGGAUUUCUUAGGACACUACGUGUCUGACCAGGGUCUCCACAUGGACGACGCGAAGAUCACUGCUAUUGCGGAGUGGCCCGCUCCCACAUCCGCCAAGCAGCUUCGCAGGUUCCUAGGCCUGACCAGCUACUAUAGUAACUUCAUCCGGGGAUACGCUAGGUAUUCCUACGUCCUUACCUCCACCCUCCUCCGGAAGAACCCACCCUGGGCUUGGACACCCCUCCAUGAGGACGCCUUCCGCGCCCUCAAGGAGGCGGUGACAUGCGCAUCGGUUCUUCACCUACCCGAUUUUGACCGCCCUUUUAUCCUUACCACCGAUGCGUUAGACUUCGCUGUAGGAGCAGUGCUUUCUCAGGUCUUCCCUUCAUCUCCUGAUUCCUCUCAUCCUCGUAUCCCUCCCUUCCCACCACCUACCCCUACCACUGCUUUCCGACUGACGCCUACUUGUCCAGCUACUGACGAGCCAUCUAUUGACUAUUCUCCUACCAUCGCCGAGGACGGCACUGUCGAGUCUCGCUCAGGUGAUUGUCCGAUAGCCUUCUACUCCCGUCAGCUCCUGCCCGCCGAGAUAAACUACACUGCUGAUGAACGUGAGGUUCUCGCAGUAGUUUAUGCCCCUCGGUAUUGGCGCCACUACCUGCACGGGGCACAAUUCACGGUGCGCACGGACAACUCUGUUGUCCAGGCUUUUCUGACAAAGUCGAAGCUCACUCCUCGACAGGCUCGCUGGUGGCGCGACCUAUCCGAGUUUAGUUUCACCACUGAGCACAUCAAGGGUGAGACUAAUCGGGUCGCCGAUGCCCUAUCCCGGCACCCUGACCACGACCAGGAGCACAUCCAGCUCUCUUCCAUCUCGAUCAGCACCGUCCACCACUCGGUGAUCGACGAGUUCCGCACUCAGUACCGCCACUGCCCCGACUAUCGCGACAUCCACGCGACCCUUCAGAAUGGCAAGACCGUCCCGAACUACUCUCUCGGGGACAACGGUCUUAUGUACUGGCACGGUUCACAGGGCACCAGAGAGCCCCGUAUUUGUGUUCCCUCUACUGGACAGCUACGUGUCCGAGCAGUAGCAGAGUUCCAUGACCAGGCAGUUGCCGGUCAUAUGGGCUUCCACAAGACGUUGGCUCGUGUAAGCCGCCUGUACGUCUGGCCGAAGCGCAAGGACUUUGUGAAGGACUGCGUCGCAGAGUGUCCCAGCUGUCAGGAGGUGAACAGUGCAAACCACCUACCUUAUGGUUUGCUCCAGCCUCUUCCUAUCCCUGAGGGUCGUUGGCAGUCCAUCUCGAUGGACUUUAUCGGUCCUCUUCGACCUCCGACCCCCCGCGGUCAUGAUGCUAUCCUGGUCGUCGUCGACCGCUUCACGAAGCAUGCACGCUUUGUUCCGUGCCGCUAUGCCAUCAGUGCACGUGAGGUCGCCGACAUCGUAUUUGACCGAGUCGUGCGUGACCACGGCUUACCUCUGAGCAUCAUAUCUGACCGUGACCCGCGCUUUGCCAGCCGAUUCUGGCGACGGCUCCACGAGGUGUACGGCACUCAGCUCCGCUUCUCCUCGUCUUACCAUCCUCAGACUGAUGGUCAGACCGAGAUCACGAACAGGACUCUCGGGGAUAUUCUCCAAAAGAUUGUUCGUGACGACCAGCAGUGGGAUCUCCAUCUUGCCCACGCGGAGAUAGCCUACAACCACGCCGUCUCGCCAGCCACGGGGAUGUCGCCUUACUAUUGCGACCUCGGCUAUCACCCGCGUGUUCCCGCGGACUUCCUUCGACCGUCCCAGAUGCACCCCGAUACGAUGAUGGAUCGUGUUGCGAUGUGGUUCCAUUGCGUUUGGAUGGGAGGUGUCGUAACUUCGUAAGGAGAGUUUGCGCUCGUUGCCAUCCGAGUGCAGAUUGACAGACAGACAAACAAACUGGAUAGACAAAU